GAAUGCCUUAUGCAAAUCAACCUCAAGUGACUAUUUUACAAUUAAGCAAUGAAUUGGUUCGCUUCUGUCUGGAAGAUACUGAUUUGAGUGUAGCAAAUUCUCUACGUCGUGUUUUCUUGGCUGAAGUACCUAUAAUGGCAAUUGAUUGGGUUCAAAUAGAACAAAAUACUUCUGUUCUUCAUGAUGAAUUUAUUGCUAAUCGAAUGGGAAUGAUUCCUUUAACUUCUGAUGGAAUUGUUGACAGAAUGCAUUAUACAAGAGUUUGUUUGUUUUGUUCCAAUUGUUCUGUCCAAUUUGAAUUGAAUGUUCGCUGUGAUGAGGAUACGACUAGAGCUGUUACUUCGGAUGAUUUAGAGUCGAAUAACAUUGAGGUUGUUCCGGCUUGUGGUUCUCAUGCAAAUCGUGAUACUCUUGAGAUGGAUGGAAUUUCUGAUGAAAUCUUGAUUGUUAAGCUUCGAAAAGGACAAGCCAUUUCAAUGCGUUGUUUUGCCAAAAAGGGAUUUGGAAAAGAACAUGCCAAAUGGAAUCCUUGUUCAUCCGUUGCAUUUGAAUAUGAUCCAGACAAUGCUCUUCGUCACACAGUCUUAGCAAAACCUGAGGAAUGGCCAAAAAGCGAAUUUAGUGAAUUAUUAAAUGAAGAAGAUCAACGAGAGGCUCCUUAUCGCCCAAUGGACAAACCAAGGAAGUUUUGGAUUAGUGUGGAAAGUGCUGGUGCUUUGAAGGCAGAAAAUAUUAUUUUGAGUGGAAUUCAAGCUUUAAAGAAGAAAUUGGUGGAUUUGCAGCAACAAUUGACGAUUGAAAGAAAUGCUCCUGAAUUUUAUUGAAGAAAAGAGAUUGGUUUAUUUAUUUUUGAUUUUAUGAUAAUAAUUUUUGGAGUGUUUUAUUGGUAAUAUUUAGUUUACUUUCAUGAGAGUGGGUUCUUUUCCAAAUCUAGGUAAAGAGGUCACACUGUUAUCACUAGGAUUAUUCCCUUGUGGGAGGGGGGGGUGGGCGGGGAAUUCUCAAAUAAAUGUCAAAUUCAUCGUUUCACAGGGGCUGGGUACAACCCUAACUUCAUUUACUUCUUCCUUAAAGAAAUUUACUCCUUGGCAUGAGACUAAAUCAGACGAUUUGUCUGAAAUAUAAAAAUAAAUACAAAACAAAAUACAUGCUUAAUGUCUGGUAACACAUUCUUUGUCUGAAUCUUAAUAGGCGAAGGACUUGGAACUUCUUUUUGGAAGUUUUCGGCUGAAGAAACGAAGUCAAACGCUUCAAGUUUUCAAGAAACGGAUAUCUCCCAACCUUGGAACCGGAGACGAAAUUUGAAAAAAGUCAGAACAAAUCCCCAAUACCAAACAUAGGUAGUAUAAUAUUGUUUGUUCUCAACUUUAGCUGAAUAAGAACGAAGCAGAUAUGUUGCGAAACAUUCGUAUUCUGAAAGACGAUAUUAAGCUGUUGGAGCCUAUACAUCCAAAACAAAAUAAAAAAUCGACAAGUCCGUUUAAAGCCCAAACCAAAAAUGUUUUGCCGCCGGUUCAAAAAGUAUUUUGUUUUACAUUUUUAUAUAUUUUAGGCAACUCAACAACUGGUUGGUGCUUGUGCGGAGAAGGUAUUGUU